AUGACAUAUAAUAUUGAUGCGGAUGAAUUAAGAAAACAAGUAGAGAAUAAAUUCAGUAAGCAAAGAAUAAUGGAAAAGGAUAAAGAUAUAAACACAUUAUACGACAUAGUAACAGAAGUUAACAAAAAAAAAAGAAUAUUCAUAGAUUCACCAGAACCAUUAGAAAGGCUAGCAUAUAAUAUACUGUAUAUGAAAAUAUAUAAUAGAAUUAUUUCUAAUGAUAUUGAAUAUAAUGAAGAUACUAUAACAGAUAAAAUAAUAGAAUCUAUAAAACAGACAGAUAUAGUUAUAGAUAUAAUUAAAGAAGCAGCAGACGAAUUAGACAGUGAAGAUAAAAAAGCAGCAUUUUAUAGACUAAUGGGAAAUAAUCAUGCCAUUAUGGCGAAUACUUAUAUAUUAAGAAAGAAAUUCUUUGAUUCUUCUAUUAAGAUAUUAUGUAAGAGCAUGAAUAUACAAGAACUAGAUGAUAAAAUGACUUCAGAAGAUGCAAUGAUUAAACUAUGCAAGUUAACACAAUCUAAAAAAUAUUCUAGAUUACAGAGAGCAUUAGAUAUACUAAUGAAACAUGGUGAUAAUUUAACUAUAGUUGAUGAGGAUGAUAACGAGACAAAACAAUCAAAUGCAAGUAGUUUAGGGUUAAGUAAAGAUGAUAUUAAAUCAUUGCAAUUACUUACAAGGAUAGAUAAGUGGAGUGCUAAAGAAUUUUCUAUAUUUUUAAACGAUUCAAUAUAUGAUUCAAUCCGUGAUAAUAUUAAACAAGAUAAUGCAAGGUAUUUAUUUCAUACAAUUCGUGGAUUAUACUACGGAGUAUAUUAUGAUACCUCUAUAUAUUACGAUGAAAUAGACACUGAAACUAAAGAAGAUAGUAUAAAUUGCCUUAAAAGACACUUAAAUAACUUAUUAAAUAUUAAUGAAAGAGUAUGUAAUAUUCAGAAUAGAUUUUUUAAACCUCGUAUAUUUGUUGAUAUAACCCGAAAUGGACUUACUGCUAAUAAGUUUAAGAAUAACGUAGUUAAGAAGUAUUUAACUUCAAUAGAACUAAAUAUUUCAAUUAUUAAUGGGACAACUGCUUUAAGUAUUAAUGAGACAGUUGUUCCAGUUACUACGCAUAAAUUUAAAAAAGUAUUAAUUAUUUUUAUAAUAAUAUUUAUAAUAAUAUUUAUAAUUAUUAUGAGUAUAUUUGGAAUAUUCCCUACUGAAACAAAAGAAAUUAUGAAUAAUUUAUUAUUUUAA